AUGAAUAUUCUAAUUCCAAUGGGUGGUAUUGGUCAUCGUUUUAGCAAAGAAAAUUAUCGUUUUCCUAAACCAUUAAUAAAUAUUGUUGGUCGACCAAUGUUAUUUUGGUUAUUAGAUAAUUUAGAUACGAAGGAAGAUGAUAUUAUUUAUCUUGGAUUAUUAGAAAGUUUAGAAAAACAAUUUAAUCUUGUUCAAACAAUCAAAAUGGAAUAUCCAAAUCGAAAAUUUGAAUCGGUUGUAAUAGAUUUUGAAACACGAGGAGCUGUCGAAACAUUAUUUAUAAUGUUACAAUUUUUAAAUCCAGAUCGUUUAGAUUGUAAAACAAUUUCUCUUGAUUGUGAUACAAUUUAUUUUCAACCUAUCCUCGAAAAAUUUCGUCGUCUACCAAGCGAAAUCAAUGCUUCAUUUUUCUUCGAAGAUAAUGGAGGAAAACCAGUUUUUUCAUAUUUAAAAUUAGAUGAAAAUCUUACGGAUGAAGGAUAUCAUUCAGUAACAGAUGUACGAGAAAAAAUCAUGAUUUCAACUCAUGCAAAUACAGGAGCUUAUGCAUUUCGUUCAGCAAGAAUUUUAAAACAAUAUUGUAU